AGCAACCAACCAAUCAACGUGGCCUAUGUACCCAGCCGAAUUGCUAAGCUAACAACAUAGCUGUUAUCUUCACUUGAACAGCAGUCUAAACGUCUUCACUAUCACUAAAGAUACGCUACUUCGUUUAUUUUUUUGUUUACCAAAACUAAGCUUUUUUUAAACGACGCCAUAGUUGAAUACAACCAGCGUUACACGUUGCUCAUCUUUUGUCCGAACCAGAACUCGCGUUGGUUUGUAUUUGUAGCUUCUUUCAGAAACCCCGAAAAAAGCUAACUCGGGAAAAGCCUACGAAAUCUAGACAAUCUCUUUAUUUCCUUAGGGAGCAAAAUCUUCAAAAUGAGAGGUUCUUACGGAGACCGAGACCGUGGUCGUGACAGGGGAAGCCCUCGUUUCGGCUCCAGCAGAAGCAGCUCAUCAUCGAUCAAAAAAUUCGGCAGUCCAGGUGAACGUUUACGGAAGAAAAGAUGGGACCUGGAUGAACUCCCCAAAUUCGAGAAGAACUUUUACACCGAGCAUCCGGAAGUACAACGCACGAGUCAGUAUGACGUCGAGGAGUACAGAACUAAGAAAGAAAUAACUAUUCGAGGUUCAGGCUGCCCAAAGCCUGUCACCGGAUUCCAUCAAGCAAAGUUUCCUCAAUAUGUGAUGGAUGUCUUGACGCAGCAAAAUUUCAAGGAGCCCACAGCAAUUCAGUCUCAAGGAUUCCCUCUAGCCCUCAGUGGGAGGGACAUGGUUGGAAUCGCACAGACUGGUUCUGGGAAGACUCUGUCGUAUCUGCUGCCAGGUAUUGUGCACAUCAACCAUCAGCCCUAUCUGGAGCGUGGAGAUGGACCCAUUUGCUUGGUUCUGGCCCCCACAAGGGAACUGGCACAGCAGGUCCAGCAGGUGGCGCACGACUAUGGAAAAUCAUCCCGCAUUAAAACCACUUGUGUGUACGGGGGUGCUCCCAAAGGACCGCAGAUCCGAGAUCUGGAGAGAGGAGUUGAAAUCUGCAUCGCCACUCCGGGUCGCCUGAUUGACUUUCUUGAGGCGGGGAAGACCAACCUGCGACGUUGCACGUAUUUAGUUCUGGAUGAAGCUGAUCGGAUGCUGGAUAUGGGAUUCGAACCUCAAAUUCGCAAAAUUGUCGACCAGAUCAGGCCGGAUCGACAGACGCUGAUGUGGAGCGCCACCUGGCCAAAAGAGGUCCGUCAACUGGCCGAAGACUUCCUCAAAGACUACGUGCAGAUAAAUGUGGGCGCGCUUGAGCUCAGUGCGAACCACAACAUCCUUCAAAUAGUUGACGUGUGCAUGGAUAGUGAAAAAGACAACAAGUUAAUACAGCUGAUGGAAGAGAUUAUGGCUGAGAAAGAGAACAAGACAAUCAUCUUUGUGGAGACCAAGAAGCGAUGUGAUGACCUCACACGUAGGAUGAGACGUGAUGGGUGGCCGGCGAUGUGCAUUCAUGGUGACAAGAGCCAGCCGGAGAGAGACUGGGUGUUGACAGAGUUCCGCAGUGGCAAAGCUCCAAUCCUCAUCGCUACCGAUGUGGCUUCCCGUGGUUUGGAUGUGGAGGAUGUCAAGUUUGUCAUCAACUAUGACUACCCCAAUUCCUCGGAAGACUACAUCCAUCGGAUCGGACGCACGGCCCGCAGCAACAACAAAGGCACGGCGUACACUUUCUUUACUCCGAGUAACCUCCGCCAGGCUCGUGAUCUGAUCCGGGUUCUUGAGGAGGCCAGACAGGCUAUCAAUCCCAAACUGCUGCAGCUGGUCGACACCGGACGUGGCGGCGGAGGAGGCGGAGGUGGCCGUUCCCGUUUCCGAGUCGGUUCCUCUUCCGACAAUCCCAACUUGAUGUACCAAGACGAGUGUGAGCGUCGAAUGCGCUCGGUCGGGGGAGGCGGCAGCAGCAGCAGCAGCAGCAGCGCCCGCGGGAGCAGCAGCUACAGCCGUGACGACCGCGACUCCCGUGACGCCCGUGACAGUCGAGGCUCAAGCAGCCGGGACGGCGACUCCUCUUCAUCCUCGUCUUACAGAGAUCGCAGCAGCAGGAAUGGAGGGCGCAGCUAUGUCUCCACCAGCAGCAGCAGCUCAUACCAGAAAGAUAGCAUUAACAACAGCAGUAGUAGUACAGGCCAGUAUAGCUGUCCCGUGGUGGGCUCCUCAGCAGUGGCAGGCGAAAUGGGGCCAGUCCCACCCCCCUUGUCAGUUCCCCAGCCUCUCAUGGCCCAGCAAUUACUCCUGCCCCAACCUGUGAUGGGCCUGAUGGGGCACGCUCCCUUUGAGUUUGCUCAGCCUCCACCACCUGGCACAUGAUCGUCGUCGGCCUGGCCGCUUCACUUGCUGAUUAAUUAGGUACAAAAAGAGAAAUAGGUCUCCGCUGCAAAGGAAGCAAAAAUAUCGACCAAUAGAACAGCGACGUCUGACUAGACAAGAUUUAUUAAAUCAAUGAUUGGAGAGAUUUAAUCUUAGAUUUAGUUCUUACAGUGUCACAUACUAUUUGAAAUUUUUUUUGGGGUGAGUUUGUCGACAACCCGAACAGAAAGCUUAUUUGCCUGUUCAGCACAAAUUUAUCAUUAUCUGAUGACGGCAAGGUUUCGCAGAAUUCUUUUUUUGUAAUUGUACCUAAUGAAUCAGAAAGUAUAUUUUGUAUAUACAUAAUAUACUGUUGUCAUAUGGCUGUAUUUUAACUGUAGUAGUGAGUAGUUUUGACCGAAGCUUUUGAACACGUUUGUACCAAAAUGGUUUUCUGUGAAUACAAGGUAGCUGGGGAUUUAGAUUGUUAGAAACUUCAUGCAUUAAAGAAGCAUAUCUAA